AUGGCGGAAAUAGUGUACCCGCAAGGCUGCCGCCCAAUCACCGAUGACCUUGGACCAGAUGAACUUGUUCGAAGACUUAAGGCCCUGGCUCACACCCUACAAGGUCUGGGUCAGGAUGAGGGCAUGUACCAGCAGUACAUCCCUCUCGCUCUGCACCUCGCUGAUGAGUUCUUCCUCACCCACCCCUCGAGGGACGUGCAGUUGCUCAUCGCAUGUUGUAUUGCUGAUGUCCUCAGGGUGUAUGCUCCGGAAGCACCGUACAAGGAUCAAGAACAGGUAAAAACAAUAUUCUUGUUCCUCAUCAACCAACUCCAGGGUCUUCGGGACCCCAAGGACCCAGCGUUCAAGCGGUAUUUCUACCUGCUGGAAAACUUGGCCUACGUCAAAUCAUUCAAUAUGUGUUUCGAAUUAGAAGACUGCCAAGAGAUAUUUUGUGCGCUAUUCUCACUUAUGUUCAGGAUUGUCAAUACGGAACACUCGUCAAAAGUGAAAUCCUUCAUGCUUGACGUGCUCUGUCCACUCAUAACCGAGUCGGAUGUCGUUUCCAAUGAACUACUGAAUGUGAUCCUCGUGAAUCUCGUGGAUCCCAACAAACGUGACCACAAACACGCGUACGCGCUGGCCAAAGAGCUGAUAGUGAAGACCAGUGAGACAUUGGAACCGUAUAUACAGGCUUUCUUUAAUCAUGUAAUAAUUCUCGGAAAGGAAGAGAAGAAUCUUCUAAUAUUUUCUAAAGUAUAUGAAUUAAUAUACGAACUGAAUCAAUGUUGCCCGUCAGUUUUACUGUCAGUGUUGCCACAAUUAGAGUGUAAAUUGAAAUCAGCUCAUUUCCAAGAGCGAUUGAGUGCGGUAGCAUUACUUGCUAGAAUGUUCUCAGAACCGGGCUCUGACUUAGCGAAACAGUACCCGGCGUUAUGGCGAGCUUUCUUAGGUCGUUUCAACGAUAUAUCCGUACAGAUUAGAAUCAAAUGUGUCCAAUAUUGUAUGCAUUUUCUCGUACACCACCCGGAUCUUAGGAAAGAUAUAACGGAAACGCUAAAAAUGAGACAGCACGAUGCUCACGAACAAGUACGCUAUGAGGUCGUUAUGGCAAUAAUAGCGACCGCCCAAAGAGAUUUUCAAGCGGUUGCCGAAUCAGAAGAUCUUCUACAUUUCGUCAGAGAAAGGACGUUGGAUAAAAAGUUCAAAAUUCGCAAAGAAGCUAUGUCAGGGUUAGCUAUGAUAUACAAGAAGUUCUUAACAGAAGAAAGCGUACCGCCGGCCACGGAAAAAGCAGUACAGUGGAUAAAAGACAAAAUCCUACACGGGUACUAUAUGACGGCCCUAGAAGAUAGAUUAUUGGUAGAAAGACUGUUAAACACGUCAUUGGUCCCGUACACAUUGCCUCCCCAAGUGAGGAUGAAAAAGUUGUUCUAUUUAAUGUCGAAUGUGGACGAUAAUGCGACGAAAGCGUUCAUAGAACUUCAAAAACACCAGUUGGCCGUUCGUCGUACUGUCGCGGAAUGGAUAGAAUUGCACAGAAAACCCCCGACUCCUGCUGUCCAAAAGGAAAUGAUAGCUAAAGUGUUACACAUUAGUUCAAAGUUUCUACCUGAAUCUGUGAAGGCUCAAGAGUUUUUGAAUAAAUUCUCAAAUCAUAUGAAAAAAGCGCCGGAAUUGUUACAAGGAAUGGAGACUAUAUUGAAUCCAAAUGUCAGUUGCGAAGUGUGCGUUCGCACUACAUCAAAUGUCUUAAAGAAACUGGGUCAGCCAGUAAUGACAAACCUAUACUACAACACAGUGAAGAUGCUUCUAGAAAGAGUGAGCUCGGUUAUGGUGGACCACGACUCGUUACUUAUACUAGUGGGGUAUGUGGAAGGAGCAGUGAAAGGCACCGAUCCAUCUAUUGCUGAGGAAUGUGGUAUCGACAUAAAGAAAGCAGCGGAGCGAGGUCUCAAGCUGCUGGUGAUGCUGUCGUUCGUGUUCCCCGCGCACUUCCUGCACGAGGACGUGCUGCACCGCCUCACCUGCCUGCUGGAGAUGGACGACGAGACCGUCGCGCCCCACAUACUGGCCGCACUCACGUUCCUGGGGAAAUAUAGGCCGUUGAGUGAAGCGUGUCCCGCAUUGUUCCCUAAACUGAUAACGCUGUGUAAAGCGUAUGCUGAAGUCGGUACACCCAAACAAGCCAAGAACGCUGUUAGAUGUCUGUACGUGAACGUGCCGGAGCAGCGCACGGCCAUCUUCACGGAGAUCCUCGAGACGUUGAAGAGCACGCUGAGCCCGCACUCGGAGCACUACCGCACCGCCAUCGUCACGCUCGGACACAUCGCACACAACCUGCCCGACAACUUCCCUGUGCAUAUUAAGAAUAUCGUUUCUAGAAAGAUAGUAAAAGAGCUGUUAGUCCGCGAAGGCGGUGGCGGUUCCAACGCUCCGGAGGGUGAUUGGUGUGAUGAAGAGGAGCUACCCGAAGAGACUCGCUGCAAGCUCGAGGGGCUCAAGUGUAUGGCGAGGUGGCUACUCGGACUCAAGAAGGACGAGCUCUCCGCACAGAAGACGUUCAGGAUGCUCAAUGCUUUCAUUGUUCAUAAAGGAGAUUUGUUGCAGCAAAAGCAAGUAUCUAAAGCGGAGAUGGCUCACCUGCGGCUGGCGGCGGGCGCGGCCAUGCUUAAAAUAUGCGAGCAGAAGGGCGUCGGCGACCAGUUCACCGCCGAUCAGUUUUACAAUCUGUCGCAUUUGAUGGUGGAUGAGGUUCCACAAGUACGAGAGGGUUUUGCAGCAAAAUUACACAAAGGUUUAUCAAAGGGUAUCCCCAACAAGUGCCUGCCGCUGGACUUCAUGGGGAUGUACGCGCUGGCGGGGCGCGAGCCCGACCGCCGCGCGCGCGGCCUCGUGCGCCAGUACAUGCUGGCCGACGUCGUGCGCCGCCGCGAGUACGUGCGCAACAUCACCAUUGGCACCAAAGUGGAACGUGCCGUGAGCCAGCUACCACACAUCCUGCCCGACUACAUGAUGGUGUUCGCGGUGCCGGUGCUGGCGCACGACCCCGCCUUCACCGCCUACGACAAUGUGCAGCAGCUUAAGGUGGUAAAACAAUGUCUCUGGUUCGUCCUCGAGCCGCUCAUCACACGCAACGACUUCUAUUGCUACGGUUUCUACAAGAGUCUCGUCGAGCGUAUGAAGAACCACAAGGACGCGCUCAACGAGACUGAUGACGCCGUCAACUAUAAACUGUGGGCGACAUGCGACCUGGCGAUGUCGGUGAUAUGGACGCGCUCGAGCAGCUUCGAGCUGCGCGAGUUCCCUUCGGACGCGCGCAUCCCCACCAUGUACUUCGCGCCGCAGCCCGAUUUCUUCAUCAACACGCGCGUCUUUUUGCCGCCAGAGCUACAGUUCCAACCGAAGCGCGCGACGAGCACGGACGCGGCCAGUGUGCGCGGCAAGAAGCGCGCGCGCCCCGCCGACCCGGAGAACACCAACGAUGUCGAGCCUAUCGUUGCUCGAUCUGGAAGUAUCGAUGCUAAGCCCUCAGAAGCGUCUGACACGCAGAUACUGCUGCCCGGCAUCGAGCAGCCGCCCGAGACGGACCUUGAGGAGCCCCAGUCCAAGCGCGCCCUCAGCGAC